AUGGCAUUGGUGCAAAGUGAGCGCCCAUUAUUGGCAGGCGCCCACCUGUUCGGCCCAGCCAUCACUAUGGAUGAUUUGUUGAGAUGUCGGCCGAGUCCGUUGGCCCCAUAUAGUAUGAAGCCUUGUCAGGUUUGGACCUUCCUGUGGCUCGAUUCGCUUCAACGUAGACUCGUUUGGAUAGUGCUUCACGUCCCGAAAACGCUCCAAGAAACCGUUUACGAAACCGUCAACUCCUCGUGGAGGCCUUCCUGUGCCUCGAUUUCCCUCAACGUAGACUCGUUUGGAUACUACUUCAUGUCCCGAAAACGCUCCGACAAACCGUUUACGAAACCGUCAACUCUUCGUGGAGGUACGUCUGUUUGUAUUUUUGUGUUUUUGCACUUAUGCCCUACUCUACCCAAGACCUUCCUGUGGCUCGAUUUCCUUCAACGUAGACUCGUUUGGACACUACUACACAUCGUGAAAACGAUCCAACAAACCGUCUAUGAAUCCAUCAACCCUUCGUGGAGGACCUUCUUGUGGCUCGAUUCCCUUCAGCGUAGAUUUGUUUCGAUACUACUACACGUCCCAAAAAUGCUCCAACAAACCAUCCAUGAAUCUGUCAUCCCUUCAUGGAGGUAUACCUUCCUGUGGCUCAAUUUCCUUCAACAUAGACUCAUUUGGACACUACUUCACAUCUUGAAAAUGCUCCAACAAACUGGUUAUGAAUCCGUUGACCCUUUGUGGAGUGUUUGGAAGUCCGGUCUCGUGACUGGAAAAAGACCGUAA